AUGGGGACUGCUCAACCAGUGAUCAGCUCUAACAGCUACCCGUCAUUUACUCCAUGGGAGGGGGCAGUCGGCCCCGUUUUAUCACCCGAGGGUGAGGACAGUCGUGCCUCGCGAGCGAUGACUACUCACAACCCGAGAAGCCCAAAAAGAAGCCUACUCACUGCGUACCGUUCCCGUGUGGGUGAAGGCACAAGGAAAAAAGCUUAAAGUGAAUGCAAUCCUAGAUGAUGCCUCAAACGAGACAUUCUUGAACGAAGAAGUGGCCGGAGCCCUUGGACUAAAGGAGUCUUAUCAAACCGUGAAAGUUCAUGUAUUGAACAAUUCUGUAGAGACGUUUCAGACUAUGCCGUUAAAAGUAGAGAUCGAAAGUGUUAAUGGUCAGUUUACAAAGGAAAUUGAAGUUAAGACCUGUCCCCGCAAUGUCACUGGAAAUUACCAAGUGGAGAAUUGGAAUGCGAAUAAAGGCAAGUGGCCUCACCUUGCACAGUGCGACUUCGCGUCACCAGCAAAAGACGGCUUGGUAGAUUUGUUGAUCGGUGUUGAUAAUGCUGACUUGCAUUACUCGUUUGCGCUUGGGUCCGCUUGGGUGGACUUGUAUCGGACCUCCAGAUGGUAGAGCGGAGACUGGAACAAGAACGCAUACAAUUCGAACACUGUUUACAAGGGAUGUAGGGCCGGUUAGUGUAGCAGGUGGUUGUUGUGAUUUAGAUGGAACGCUUAGGAGGUUUUGGGAGAUCGAGAGUUAUGGAACUGAGCUAAAUGACCGAGUCGUGUGUACUGCAGAAGAGAGAUUGGCCUUAUAA